CUUUAUUAUCCCUUACGCUAGAGUGGUAUUGCUUUUGGAUAAUCCCGACGAAGUAUGGCGCGAGGCAAGGUGGUGGUCUGCGUGGCCCUUGUCCUCGCGGUGGCCACUUCCCUUAUUGUUACGCAUCCGGGCUUCCAACCAGCCUGGAAGAAGCUUCCAAUGAUGGGCUGCCUAUCAUCGGCCGAGAACAGUGCCUAUCGGGCGGACUCUCAGCUGCUGUCGUGGCUGAGCAAUGCGCCAAGACUGGUGCACCUUACAGAUGGCAAAGAGACGGCAUCAGAAGUUCUUGAGAAGCUGGAUAGCUAUCGCGCGCUGGUGGUCGUGACAGCCGGUCGAGGCGGGCCCAACAGGCGCGCCCCAGACCAGCCCUUCGCCUCCGUCUCCCCGGACGCCGCUCCGCUGCUUGGCCCGCUGCUGUCCGCCCCCCUGUCCGCCAUGAACGCCGCUGCGGGGGCGCUGGAGUCGGUUACCGGCCGCCCGUUGUUCCCGCUCAGUCUGGGCACCUUUGAGCGCAGCAGCACUAAAGCUCCCUACGCCAUCUUCGACGCCUCGUCCGGCUCCCUGCUGCUCGACCGCCAGCUGGUGUCGUACACGUGGGGGGGCGCGGGGGCGGCAAGGGGAGCGCCUGAGGCGGAUCACGGAGCCCAAGUGUCGUACCUGACAUUGGAUCUGGCCGGCCGAGUGUUCCGUAACGUGGCCGACAUGUUGGGCGCGAGGAAGGCUGGAGAGGGCAUGAUGAGCAACAACGGGAGCGGAGGCAUGGGCGGGGGGCCGGCUGAGGUUGAGGCGGAGGAGCUACAAAAGCUGCGGAAGGAGGAGGAGGAGGCUGUCCUUCAGCAAGACCAGCGGCGGCAGCUGCUAGCAGCUUCUAGCCUAGACCUGCAGCAGGACAUGAACAUUGAUACCACCACCACCACCACCACCCACAACAGCAACAUCCGCAUGGACGGCCCCGCCGCUGCCGCCGCGGUAUCCCUCGUCGCCGCCGCCCUCGCCGCCGCCCUGCCCGCCGCCUUCGCCGCCGCUCCGCCCCUCUGGUUCUGCAUCCUGUGCCCUUCCGUGCUGGGUCUGCUGGCCCCCGUGCUCAUAAACACGGCACUCAACCAAUUGGCGGGCGCCUUGUGUCGGCAGAUGCAACUGAGUGAUGACGCAUGUUUUGACGUAUUACUUGGGGCGCUGGGCGCGGGGUUCGUGCUGUCGCUAGCGAGUGCGGUGCCCAUCUUCUUCGCGUGCCGACUGCCGCAGUGUGCCGGAAGGAAUGUGACGGCGGGUCUGGCGAGGGUGAUGAUGCGAGGGUGAGGGUACGAGGGUGAGGGUGCGGGGCGUGAGGGUGCGGAGACAGGGGAGGAAGGUAAGGAGGAGGGGAGGUAACGAGGAGGAAGAGGAGGUGGAGGGCCGCAGGCCCGCAGCGGGUCAAGCGGAGUGGGUGACAAUUCGCCGCCACGUGAGGAGGAAGCGGAGGAGAAGCAGGUUGCUGCUGUUGCUGUUGUUGUUGUACAUUAACGCCUUGUUGUACAUUACGGCCGUUCUACGUUUCCUACACGUUGAAGAAUGGCAUGUAUUUUGUUGUGCCUGCAUGUUUUGACACCCUGAAGCACGAUAAACACAAUGUAUCGGUCUCUGUUUGUACAAUAUGCUUUGGGUUGCACUCCGCGGUGGUUAUGGUGGUUGCCGCGAUGCUAACGGUGAGGCGGAUACCGGGAGUUGUUGUUAGUCUGCGGGGUGCAGGUUAUGGGGCCCCUUUUCUAAUUUCGUGAACAUGACACAUGCCACUCUCCAUGCCUCCUUCUUGUGCAUGCCGUACAUGUACGUGUGUCGUGCAGUGGUAGUUGCGCCCAUGUUUUCUUUCGCUCCAGACCAGACUCCCGUCCACUGCCAAGCUGGGGGCCUGCACGCUGCACGCUGCAGGGCAUGCGCCGGGCUAUAGAUCAUCCGGG